GCUCCUUCCGGCGGGAGAGAUCACAGAGGAGUGGAUCGGGUCGGCAUUUGGAGAGGUCCGGCGUCGGACGUCCGUCCGGUACUAAGGAGGGCUCCGCCGAGUUGCAUAUGGCUUGGGCGGGGCGAGGUCAGGCAUCCAGCGGCGUCCGGUGACGGGGGAGGUGAGGUCGCGGAAGAUCUUACGUCUAGCAUCAUCCAACGGCUGAAGAAGAUCAAUUAUUUAUACCCCGGCCGCCCCAUUCCUUUCCCUAAUUCUAAAAUCUUGCCGACGAAGGACAGCUACACAACAAUGGCGACGGCCCUCGCCCUCCUCCGUUUCUCCCCUCUCUCUCGUCUCCACAACCACACCGCCGUCUCUCCGCCCUCCUUUAACCUACAUCUCCGCCCCUCACCGGCCUCCCGCCGUCCUACUGCCGUCUGCAUGUCCCGGUCCACCGUCCCAGCCACUGACCGCCUCGUCUCCGCCCUCGCCUACACUCUCCCCUUCGUCGACUCCCUCCACUACGGCCGUUUCCUCUUCGCCCGCGUCCCCGCCGCGGCCGCGGCCGUCGCCCCCAUCCUUCCACUCGCCGCCGCCUACCACUCAGUCCCCUUCGCCUCCUUCGUCGCCUUCUUCGCACUCUACCUCGGCGUCGUGCGCAAUCCGGCCUUCAGCCACUACGUCCGUUACAACGCUAUGCAAGCCGUCGUUCUGGACGUCUUCCUUGCGCUCCCCUCCCUCCUGCAGCGGGUGUUCGGCACCCCAUCGAGAGGGAUAGGGUUCCGGGUCUUGGAGAUUGGAUACCACGCCGUCUUUGUCUUCUCGAUCGCUUGCUUCGUAUACUCCGUCAUCAAUUGCAUCCUUGGGAAGACGCAUUACCUGCCUAUCGUUGCGUCUGCGGCGGAGCGACAACUUUGAGGUUAGGCAUCCCUGAAAAACUUGGUGUCUUCUCUAUAGGGAAUAGCAACAAUCUCAAAUUUGUGCUUUCUGUGUGUGUUUGUGCUAUCUUCUUGUUAUCUUUCAGCAGCCUAAGUUUGUAGAUGUUUACCUUACCUUUUGGAAUAAGUCUUUACAUAUUAAACAACAACUUUGCCAUUCA